AUGACGGGGACUUAUUUCGAGUUCUUCGAAAACGAUCCCAAGGAAGAAGAUUUUAUCGAAUUCAUUGAAUCCCAUCCUUUAUGCGUGUCCGAAAAAUCCCCGGAUGAUCAUGAGUGGUCACCCCUCUACCAUGCGACAAGCGCAGGAUUCAACAACAUUGUCAAAGCUCUUCUCAAGCACAACCUAGAGGUUGAUUUUAAAGACUCCCAUGGACGAACGCCUCUAUGGAUAGCAGCCAGCAAUGGAGAGGAGGAAAUUGUCAAGGUGCUCCUGCAGAAUAGGGCAUCACCUUCAGUCGAAUGCUGUACAUGCAAAACCAGUGUACUUCACAUUGCCGUUCAAAAGAGACACCUCGAAGUAGUAAGAUUGCUAGUUACGGAGAAUAUAGAUAUCGAUCCUGAAGAUGCCCGAGGCGAGACACCUUUGUUUAAAGCGGUUAGGAAUAACGACCUAGAAAUGGUAAAAGAGUUGGUAGAGCGCGGGGCCUCCAAGUCAAUUCAAAACGAUGACGGGAAGACUUUAGAGAUGCUAGUUACAGAGGCAGGUGAUGGUGUAUAUGUGGACCCAAGGGUAGAAACUGAAAUCACUGGUAGGAUUAGCUCGAGAGCCAAUGACGAUUACAGAGUCGACAAAUACGACGAAGACGACAUAUACGACUACGACAACGAUCCAUACCUCAACAAAUUUCUUGACCAUAUUGAGGAUAGAGGACUUGGAGCGUUUUUCACCCGUGACGGCGCUAACCUCAAAGAAUCUCUCCGUCCAUACACCACCCAAGCCAGGACGCUGAUUAAAGAACUAGACGCGGAAAAGGAAGAAUCUGCUUCAGAAGUGGCAUUGCUCACUUUGUAUGACCUUGCUAUUCUCAUUGGUAAUAAUAAGCCCAUACCGGAGACUGAUCUUGCUGAUUUAAAGGCUGACUUGUUUAUUUCAACAGAUGAUAGUACAUCGAUGCAGUGGGAGGAACAAGGUACACGAAUCCAGGUUCUUGUGGACUUUAUGAAAGCAAUCUCCCAUAUAUAUUCCUUCGCCGGUGAUGGAAGAAACGGUAAAAUACGAAGGAUACAGUUCCUAAAUAGUAGGAAAGGCGGUGACUUUGUCGAUAGUGCUUCAUUAGAGAAGCUACUCCAUAACCACUCCUACUCCGGCAUGACAAGGAUAGGGACCCAGCUUAAAAAGAAGAUUUUGAUCGAUUUGGUCUCCUCAAAGAUGCCGAAGCCUCUUCUUGUAAUAAUCAUAACGGAUGGAGAGCUGUCUCAUUUAAGUUUUGUCGUAUCGGAGAUGACCAAGGCGCAAAAAGACCUGCUUCAGGAACUUGACGACCAUGAGGAAUUAGGGAAACAUAUUGAUUGUCAGCGAGCGCAUGUCGAUCUUACGUCUAUUCUCAACCGAACUCAUUCAUUUGAGGAGAUUACAAAACUCUUGAUUGGCCCUAUAGUAAAAUUUGGAAAAUAUGACUCACCACCUAAGGAAGAUAGAAAUUUGCAAAACCUUCCAUAUCACGAUAUCCUCCCAGACAACGAUGAUUAUCCCUUUUUGACCGGCACCUCGACCCCAAUCACUGAGAGAGGAUCCUCGAUCCCAAUCACUGAGAGAGGAUCCUCGAUCCCAAUCACUGAGAGAGGAUCAUCGACCCCAAUCACUGAGAGAGUAUAUCCACUAGCAGUAGACAGCGGGAGGCCGCAGGAGGCCGCAAAGGCAGCGACGACACAGCUGCAUAGCAGCAGGGUUGCGGGAACUACACAGCUGCGUGACAUCCGUACUGCGGGAACUGGACUCCUGCGUGGCCCAGGCACUAGCACAGCAGGCAGGCAGGCUGAAAACCUCAAAGUCCCAAAGACCCGUCACCCCAAGCCCGUCAUGAGUCUGUUCAAAGCGGGCAUGGGUAGGCUAAAGCUACGCCUAUAA